UGACAUUCCCUCCCGAGUUUAACUAAGUGUUUACAUUCGUGUUUUUACUCUGUGGAAGACUUUUGGGGUUUUGUUACUUUCUUCUUCUUUUUUUAAGUUUUACGUUUGUCACAAUGGCUCGCAUGAACAGACCGGCCCCGGUGGAGAUCACCUACAAGAACAUGCGGUUCCUCAUUACCCACAAUCCCACCAACGCCACCCUGAACAAGUUCAUCGAGGAGCUGAAGAAGUAUGGAGUGACCACCGUCGUGAGGGUUUGUGAGGCCACCUAUGACGCCACUCUGGUGGUGAAGGAAGGGAUCCAAGUUCUGGAUUGGCCUUUCGAUGACGGAGCUCCUCCCUCCAACCAGAUCGUGGACGAUUGGCUGAACCUGCUGAAGCUGAAGUUCAGGGAGGAGCCGGGUUGCUGUGUGGCGGUCCACUGCGUGGCGGGGCUGGGCAGAGCUCCGGUUCUGGUGGCGCUCGCCUUGAUUGAAUGUGGGAUGAAAUAUGAAGAUGCUGUUCAGUUCAUCCGACAGAAGCGCCGCGGAGCGUUCAACAGCAAGCAGCUGUUCUACCUGGAGAAAUAUCGUCCAAAGAUGCGCCUGCGCUUCAAAGAUUCCAACGGCCAUCGCAAUACCUGCUGCAUCCAGUAGAGCCGAACCCCCCCCCCCCCCCCUCUCUCUCCCCCUCUCCCCCCCCUCCUUUGUUACAUUGUAACCUUAUUACCUGGCAGGCUUGUUUUCUUAGUCAUUGUGUUGAAGUAUUUUAUUUUGAAAAACCAUGUAAGUUUAAACUGCCUCCCCCCCCUUCCAGGUUCAACAUUAAGUGUAAAAAAAAAACCA